AAGCCAAAGAUUGAAAUUUCAUAUUCAUAUAUAUAUAUAUAAACAUACACACAAAUUUUAUUUAUUUUCAUUUUUAGUUUAGAGCUUUCACUCACUCACUCACUCCAUGGAUAUAUGCCGGAAUGUGUCUUUGGGCGGCGAAUAUGAGAAGGAAGAGCACAACCUCAGCCUAUCUCCUCCUUCCUCCGACCACUACAGCUCCUCUUCCGGCCUUGACCAACUUUUCUCUUCUCAAACUGCGGAGGAAGAUUUGAGCUUAGAAUGGUUAUCAGUGUUUGUUGAAGAUUGCCUAACCAGCUCAGGGAAUUGUCUCCCACUCCCACCACUACCUAACACUACUUCUAGUUCUACUACUACUAAUAUUACAAGUACUUGUACUAAUGUACUUCAAACCCCAAAACCCUCAAAACCACUUGAGUUUCACAAAGACCAAAAAAAACCCACUUCGCUAGAGACCUUUUCAGUUCCAAGCAAGGCAAGGAGCAAGAGAAAGAGAGCUGUUUUGACCAAGAGAAGAGACCCUUUGACCAUAUGGUCAAGUCAACAAAAGGCCAAGAAAACCACCACCACCACUACUUCUUAUUAUGAGUACCCUCCUCUUCUCCAACAAGCCUAUUGGUUAGCUGACAGUGAGCUAAUUGUUCCCACAAAAGAGGUGGGUAAGGAGAAGGAGAAGGAGAAUGGAGAUUUGGUGAAGGAGCAGCCAUUGGGCUUGGUGGCCCAUGGGCUUGUGGCAAGGAGGUGUAGCCAUUGCUUGUCUCAAAAGACUCCACAAUGGAGAGCCGGCCCAUUGGGCCCAAAGACUUUGUGCAAUGCUUGUGGAGUGAGGUACAAGUCUGGUAGGUUGCUGCCUGAGUAUAGGCCUGCUAAAAGCCCUACUUUUGUGAGCUAUUUGCAUUCUAAUUCACACAAGAAAGUUAUGGAGAUGAGAAAUGGAUCUUGAUUUAUAUUAAUAGCAAUUAGUACUAAUAGUAGUUGUAGCUUUCCAUAGAUUGUGUUCAUUUUCAUGUUAUAUAUAUAUAUAUAUUUAUAUGUAGAAUAUUAGUUGUAAUAGUGAGUAGAUUACUAACCCCUCAUUUGUAAUUGGCUCUAGUCUUUAUUUCAGCUUAGUUAUGUAUACUACUUGUGGAUUGAUAUUCUCUUUGUAGCUUUAGAAUGUUUGAAUUCUUUUAGGCUGUUUUUUUAUGUUCUUUCUUUUGGAAAAGGGACUUUUGGGAAGUGGUACUCAA